CACACCACCACCUAGGACAGCAGCCCUGCAGACCUACCAAUAGGAAAAAUGGCCUCUCUGCUCGCUCGUCCUCAGCAGGCGGUCGUCCGCGCUGCCAAGCCGGCCGCGGCGCGCCCCCUGCGCCUGGUGGUCCGCGCUUCGGCUCAGAAGCCCCAGCAGCAGCUGGCCCAGCUGGCCAAGCCCGCUCUGUCGGCCAUUGUUGCCAACGCCCUGAUGGCUAUGCCUGCUGCCGCCGAGGCCGGCAAGAUUUUCGACUUCAACCUGACCCUGCCCGUCAUGGCCGGCGAGUUCCUGCUGCUGAUGGUGUUCCUGGAGAAGACCUGGUUCACCCCCGUCGGCAAGGUGCUGGAUGAGCGCGAUAACCUCAUCCGCUCCAAGCUGGGCUCCGUGAAGGACAACACCGGCGACGUUGACAAGCUGGUGCUGGAGGCGGAGACCAUCCUGAAGAGCGCGCGCAGCGACGUGAGCGCCAUGAUCAACACCAAGAAGGCUGCCAAGCAGUCGGAGCUGGACAAGACCUACAACGAGGCCAAGGCUAAGAUUACCGCCGAGGUGGAGUCCUCGAUCGCCGGUCUGGAGCAGGAGUCGGCCUCCAUGCUGAAGUCGCUGGACGCCCAGGUUGACAAGAUCAGCGCUGAGGUCCUGAAGCGCGUGCUGCCCGAGGGCGUGCGCGUGUAAGCUCCGCGCUUGCGCGUGGUUAUCCUUGCACCUGGGGGUCAGUCGCGAUUGCGCGUUUGUUCGCUCGGGCCUUGUGCUCGCCGCGGCGCACGCGCUCUCGCCCUGUAUGCAUAAUUGCAUGUAUGCAGAAGGAUUUCUUGGAGCGGACUGGAGCUUGGCGUUGGGCUAGCAGCGGCUGAGGCGAUUGCUGGCGCGGGUUGGUGAUGUGGGUGGAGCCCCGGCGCUACUGCCUAUUGCGCGGUGGGGUCUCCGGGGUUUUGGAAAAGGUUGUGAUAUGAGCCAGCAUAACAGCUGGGUGCACCGGCGGGGCAAAUUUUGGCGCUUGCCCCCGCACAGCCGGGUUUUGCACGGGAGGACACGGGAGUGUGCACCUCGAGAGUGUGAGCGGUGACUAACUGGGUCUGCUCUGGAGUGUGGGGCUCUCUAUAAGCAGAGAAGAACACGAAUUCGUUCAGAUAGAUUUAUUGGGCCAUUUGGGUCCUCUGAUUAUUGCGGCGGCAGGAGGGGGUUGCGAAGGUGGACAGUGCGCACGCCUGGGCGCUCCCGGCUUUGCCAAUGUAAACAAACACGGAGAU